GAAGACAAAAAUAUCAGUCGACACAAAGUGCUGGUAAUAACGAUUUUGAUCUAUCGAACGAAUAUUCAGGUUCGGGUGAUGAUGCUAUUGCUGGACAUAAAUCUGAAAAUGGUGGCCAAUUGGGCUUUGAGCAAGUCGGCUAUGAAUGCUCUUAUGAAGUAGCUAUAGACUGGUUACAUUCAAUUCAAAUAGUUGGUGCAGAGUUAUCACGUCCCACGCAGCCAAUGAAGCUAUUGGAAAAGCAAAGCACAGAGAAUACGAAAGAAGCAGAUGGGCUUGAAAUAAAAAGCUAUCGCAUGACUGCAACG